GCGCGACUUUCGCCUGCGCGGAGAAAGGACAAAGGUUUCCUGCCCGCUCCGGAGUAGCCCCGAGGAGCCCGAAGGCGGCCAGCAUGGAAGUGCAGAAGGAAGCCCAGCGCAUCAUGACCAUGUCGGUGUGGAAAAUGUACCACUCGCGCAUGCAACGCGGCGGCCUCCGGCUCCACCGCAGCCUGCAGCUGUCCCUCGUCAUGCGCAACGCCCGGGACCUCUACCUCUCCGCCAAGCUGGAGGAAGAGGACGAGAUGGCGGCGGGCGCCGGGCCCGGGGAGGACUUGGCCGCGCGGCAGCCGCCGCUGGGCUUGCAGGCGGCCAGCCCGCGACCCCCGGAGGGGCCCCCGUCGCCCCCCGGCCUCCAGGCGCUGGAGAGGCUCCCCCAGGCGCAGCCGGACGGCCCGCGGCCGUCGGAGGCGCAGCCUCGCCCUUCGCUUGCGGACGGCCCCGAGCCGGAGCCCAUGGAGACGGUGCAGGAGGAGCCCCGACGCCCGCCCGCGCCUCCCCGGCCCCGGACUAGCGGGAGCCGGAGCGCCUCGGGGCCUCCGCCGGGGGCCGCCAAGCCCAGCCGCAAGCGCCGCAGCAGCAGCCUGGGCAAGAUCGGCGCCGUCGAGGCCGGCCUGGUGCCCAGCAAGAAGGCCAAGCUGGCCGAAGAGGAAGGCGAGCGGCAGCCGCAGCGCCAGGAAGGGCCUUUCCCCAGCCUGGCCCGCGUCUUGCAGGACCGCUUCUCGGGCCUGAUCCUCCCGCCGCCCCAGGCCCCCAAAGGCGGCGGCGGCGGCGGCGGCGGCGACGAGCCCCCCAAGGCGAGCUGCAGGCAAGGCGACGGCGUGCUGAGCAUCGUGGUGAGAGCCGUGGUGGCUUUCUAA